UUAUCCACCAUGACGCAAACGAGCCAUCUGAUAGCGCUGGUCUGCCUAGUGUCCACUGUGGCGGCUAUCCCCGUACGUCAAAGUCAACUUCUGUCGGCGAUGCAGAAUAUGCAGCAGCGGUACGAUGGGCGGGCGGGCAAGGAAUCUACCGGCUAUCUGCAAGAGCUCGAGACGGAUGCUACGGAGCAGGAGCCCGACAGUGGGAAAGCCUCCUCGUCAGAUGUUGAGCAGAGUUCUUCCGGAAGUCGUGAAGGAACGAUUCCAACCGCAAUCCCAUUGCCGAAUCUUCGUAAAAACAAGAUGUUGGGUUACUUUGGGCUCUACUCACCGGCGGCCUUAAGUGCGGCAGCAGCAGCAGCUUAUGCACAACCCUACGGUUAUCCGCUGUAUCACUCCAUGCUGGACUAUUACGACGAUUACCUGCCGGUGGACAACUAUCCAAGCUUAAACAUGUUGGCAAACAUGCAAACUUACCCUCAGAAUAUGUACGCCAAUAUGGCUAAUGGGUUGGGUUCUUACCAGACUAUGAGUAACCUUUCGCCAAAUCUGCAACAACAGCUCAACAGUCUCGUGCAGCAGCAGCAGCAGCAGCAACAGCAGCAACAGCAACAGGUCCAACAGCAACAGCCUUCCAAUGCGCAGUUGGCUAACUUGGCCGGUUUGGAUGCGAAUGCUGCCUCGCUGGGAAGUUUCCAAAGUCUCGCCGCUAGUUUCGCGGCCGGCAAUGACAACUUCCAGGGACUGGAGGACGAAGACAUCCUUUCCCGCCACAGUCAGGCGGCCCGUCGUCGACCAGCCGUGAAGAACUCGCCGAUCUACUACAUCCGGUUGCCUCCAACGCCGUACAUGUUCGUGCCCGGUGUCGGGUACAUCUCGCAGCCACCAACGAUUCAACCGAUGGCCGCACCGGUUCCCCAGUAUCCGCAGCUCGCUGCACCACCACCAGUAACCAUGAGCCCGUUCUACCAGCUGCCGAUCAAUUUCGUAUCGAACGGCAAACCUUCCGGCAUUUACCAGUGGAACGGAGCACCUGCCGCUCCGGCCGCUCCACCACAGCCCACGUUUGCCUUACCCUAUCCGCGCCCACAGCGACCUGCCUUUGCGCCUUCUCCAUUCAUCCAGGACUCGAAGAUCACGCACCUGAAGGGUCCGUUCCUAUUCAAUGGUCGACCGGAAGAGAUAUUCCUGCUACAAAACACCUUUAACCCACUGUUCCAGAGUCCACUGAACUCGUACUACUAG